UGAAAAGUAAGGCGGGGUGCUACAUAGUUCCUGUGUGUCAAUGUGUCAUUUCGAGAGUGGUUUCUGAGCGCAGCCACAAGACCUGGUUUCAGAUGCCAGUCGGUUGGAGCGUCCUCAGGCUCAUCCAUAAUGCAUGGCGCCGACAGGCCCAGCCUCACAUGCUUUUGUUUUCUGCUGCAGAUGAAGGGAGACAUGGAUCUCUCCGUUUUGCCAAAUAACAACCAUCCUGACAAAUUCCUGCAGCUCGACGUGAAGUCAUUAAUGAGGAGCUCAGCCCCUGGGCAGGCCGGCCUGGUGAGGUUUCCGGGAGGGAACUACCCCCCCGCCACGCAGCACUGGCGGAACCUCAUCUACUCACAGAGAGAAAAGAAGAAUAUUACUGCUCAACGAACGAGGGGAUCUCAUUCAAGGGGUGCUGUCGCCACCGAGGGCCCUCCACCAUCCCUGUCGUCGGUUCUGAAAAAUAACCCGCUGUAUGAUGACGUAAGUUUGGAGGAAGCUAUGGAAGAAAGAAAAAAGAAUCCUUCAUGGACCAUUGAGGAAUAUGACAAGCACUCCCUGCAUACAAACCUCUCUGGGCAUCUGAAGGAAAACCCUAAUGACCUACGGUUUUGGCUGGGGGACAUGUACACACCGGGCUUUGAUACCUUACUGAAAAAGGAAGAGGAACAAGAGAAGCAUUCCAGAUGUUGUCGUGUAGCUCUGAUUUUGCUCCUUGUUGCCUGCAUCUUGGUUUCCAUAGUGACUGUUAGUGCUUUUUUCACCUAAAGAAACCACCGCCGACG